AUGGAGGAAUUUUCGUUUCCAUUUCCUCCGUAUGACAUACAGCUGGAUCUAAUGAGGGAGAUAAAGCAGUGCAUUGAUAAGCAGCAGGUUGGGAUUUUCGAAUCUCCAACAGGAACAGGGAAAUCCUUGAGUGUUUUGUGCGCGACGAUGACAUGGCUUGAAGAGUUCGAGAGACAAACCGAAGAGGAUCUGAUCAGGAACUCGAAUCUUAAGGAAAGCGUCGACGAAGAGGACUGGAUAGCUGCACACAAAAAGAAGUUGGAAGUGAUGAGAAUCAAAGAUGACGCCUACGACAAACUGAAGACGCUACAGAAGGUUAAGGAAAAACUAGCAGAUGCAAACGCUGGCUUUAUAAAACAUGAUCGGAAGCGUCGUCACAUCGACGCUGAGUCAGAGGAAGGUGGCGAUUUAGCGGAAUGCGCACCACCUGAAGAUUAUGCCUCCGAUGAAGAGGUGGACCUGGGCAAUGAACAACCUUUGAAAGUUGUGAAGGUGUUUUAUGCAUCUCGUACACAUUCUCAGUUGGAGCAACUUCUAGACGAGUUGAAGAAGACGAGGUUCGCUCCUCGUGUUGUUACGGCUGCGUCACGACAGACGCUUUGUGCAAAUGAUAGCGUUCGUCAUUUGAAAUUCAGCCAUUUGAUCAAUGAAAAGUGCAUGGAAUUACGAAAAGGAUGCGGCGCAGAAGGGAAACGCCUGAAACUUGACGGAAAAGAGAAUUGCUCGACUUCUAAAAAAUCCUGCAAAUGUCCCUACUACAAAUCCGAGACUAUUGAAGAACUUUCCAACGAGAUCCUCGCCAGAGUCACAUCCAAUCCGAAAGAAGUAUUUGAUCGUGGAAAACAACUUUCUGCGUGUCCUUAUUUCUCUACGAGAUUGUCGUUACCGCUUUGUCAGCUGGUUUUGCUACCGUACCAGGUGGUUCUUCAUGCGUCAACUCGAGCCGCUUGGGGAAUUGACUUGAAGGGAAAUGUUUUGGUCCUCGAUGAAGCACAUAAUGUACUGGAAACAUUAGGAUCACUGUAUUCAGCUGAAGUCACGUCAGUUUCUACUACACUAGCUUUGUCGCUAGUUCGUGAAUAUAUCGACAUUUACAGAUCUCGAUUAAAAGCCAAGAAUCUAAUGUACGUGAAGCAGAUUCUGGCCGUUGUAGCCGCUAUAGACCAGUAUUUGCGAAAAAAUUCUUCUAACUCUGACGAAGUGUUAACCAUCCAAGGUCUCUUGAUAACGCUGGGACUCACAGAUAUAAACCUAUUCAAACUUGUCCAUUACAUGGAUGUUACCGAUAUGUGCAGGAAAUUUCAUGGAUUUUAUGUACGAUCAUUGAAAUCGAAAGUAAACGUUUCGAAACAACCUGUCGCCCAGGGUGGGAUCGCUAAAUUGAUGGCUGCUAAGAAGCCAGCGAAUCCCGAGCCUGCUCCGGCUGUGGAUGAUAAAAAUCGAACCUAUCCGUCUCCACUGUUCACUAUUAAAGGAUUUUUGGAGGCUCUUAGUAACCGAUGUGAAGAUGGGAGAAUCGUAGUUGAGAGAAAAGGAACUGCUGCCAAACUGCGCUUCAUACUGCUAAAUCCGGCCUCACGCUUAAUGGAAGUCGUGAAAGAGGCGCGAGCGACUCUUCUAAUUGGGGGAACAAUGGAGCCAGCCGGUCUUUUGGUCGACUGUCUGUCCCGUGCUGGUGUUGAGAGUGGAAUUCGACGCUUCACCUGUUCCCAUGUUAUCGACGAUCACCAACUUCUUGCGCUUUCUAUAGCCCAAAAUUCUCGAAAUGAGCGAUUCACCCUUACUUAUGAAUCAAGAAAUAAUGUGGAAUGUGUAAGAUCAGUAGCAGAAACUUUACUAAUGCUGGCACGGGAAGUACCAAAUGGCUGUGUUGCUUUCUUCACCAGUUACGACUACCUGUCCCAGUUUUUGUCAGUUAUACAGAAAAAUGGGACGGUGAGGAAGUGUCAGCUGAAAAAGGAGCUGUUUGUGGAAUCUCGCGGCGCGUCUGUGGACAUUUGGGAUCGCUUCGCAGCUGCCGCUCGGAUUGGAGAUGGUGCUAUACUGUUCGCGGUGGCUGGCGGGAAACUUAGCGAAGGAAUCAACUUCAGCGAUGAGCUAGGGAGAGCGGUUUUUAUGGUUGGACUACCGUAUCCGAACAAAAACAGUGUGGAACUUAAGGAAAAGAUGACGUACCUGGAUUCUCAACUGCCCGGGGGAGGAAAUCAGCUGUAUCAGUCGCUGUGUAUGCAUGCAGUUAAUCAAGCUAUAGGACGAGCCAUAAGACACAGAAAUGACUAUGCGGUGGUGUAUCUACUUGAUUCGAGAUUCACUCGGAAUGACAUUAUCUCGAAAUUACCCGAAGUAGAGCAUGCUGCUCACACAACACUUAUUCCUUGCUCCGCUAAGAGGGUUUCGGUCGAAACCUUUAUCCUACAAUUACAUCGACAAAACCUUAAACAACCUAUUAAAGAACAAGGAUCUCAAGCUCCUUAUGCUGCUGAUAUUAUUCCCGUUCGUCCAGUCAGUCACUUGCUGAAAGCGUUAGGGUUUACUGUUGCGGUUGGCGCAGGUGCGUUUACUGUCUCAAUAAUCAGUGACUACGAACGACAAUCACAGAGUUUGAAGACAUUGUUCGAAAAAGCAAGGUUCUCCAAUUUUUCCGCGAAUGACUGGAGAAACCUGAGUGACGGUGACAAGUGCGCCCUUUACCUAGUUGGCGCGAACCUUUUGGUUUUUGCUUUAUGGAGGGUGAAAAAGUUGCAGCUUUUCAUGUGGCGAUAUUUCAGCAACAGUUUCUCUUCCAAAAGUCUUUGUAUGCCCAUGGCGUUAAGCGUCUUUUCUCACUACAGUUUAAUCCAUCUUGCUCUAAAUAUGUAUGUGGUCUGGUCUUUCACAAAUGUUACCGUAGACAAGUUUCUAGGACCAGAUCAAUUUUGGGCGUUCUAUUUGACGGCUGGAGUAGUUUCAUCAUUAUUUGGUCUUACUCACAAAGCUUUAGCAAGGUCUUCAGUACGAGCUGUUGGAGCGAGUGGAGCGAUUCUUGGAAUGUUAGGAUAUACCUGCAUGAAAAUACCUGAAGCACGGCUCAAAAUUGUAUUUGUACCUGGUUUUGAUUUUUCUGCUCAGUCAGCAAUCAUUGGUAUUUUGCUUUUCGAUCUGGCAGGCCUUUUGUUCAGGUUUCGCUUGUUUGACCAUGCAGCUCAUCUAGGAGGCACUUUAUUCGGCGUUUUUUACGCACUCAUAGGCGACGAUCUCAUUUGGAACAGUUACGGCAGUAUUGUGGAGCGUGCCUAUAGAUAUCUGAGAAAGUGA